AUGUCGCAUCACCAGUACCCUCCGCAGGGCGGUUACCCGCCCCAAGGCUACCCUCCCCCUCAGCAGUACGGCGCCCCCGGCUACCCGCCGCCGCCACAGCAGUAUGGUGCCCCUCAAGGCUAUCCGCCGCAACAACAGCAGUUUAGUCCUCCUCCCGGCCAGUACCCGCCUCAGCAGCACGGCUAUGGCGCGCCUCCGCCUGGCCAGUAUGGAGCCCCCCCGCCAGGACCUCCUCCCGGGCAAUAUGGCGCGCCGCCUCCGGGCCAGUAUGGCGCGCCGCCUGUGCAGGCCUACGGCGGCGGCCCGCCCGCGCCUCCUUCGCUAGGAUACUCUAGCCAAAUGCCCUUUGUCGAUACAAGCAUGGAUGCUGAAGCCCUCCGAAAAGCGAUGAAGGGCUUCGGCACCGACGAGAAGGCGGUAAUCCGCGUGCUUUCCAAGAUGGAUCCCGUACAAAUGUACUCGGUCCGCCAAACAUAUAACCAGCGCUUCAUGAGAGACCUGCUGCGUGAUUUGGAAAAGGAGACGAGCGGCGACUUCAGAGAGGCGCUCCUAGCCUGUGCCCGUGGCCCUCUCCAGCAGGAUGCCCACACUCUGUUCCACGCCAUGAAGGGCGUGGGCACGAAGGAGUCGGACCUGAACGACGUCCUCUGCGGCCGUAGCAAUGCCGACAUCCACGCCAUCAGGGCGGAAUACAGGAAAAUGUUUAACAGGGACUUGGAGGCCGAUCUCAGAGGAGAUCUGUCCGCCGGCACCGAAACCCUCUUCGUGAUGCUUGCGGCCGGCACCCGGCACGAGGAGUCGACCCCGAUCAUCCCUCAAAACAUCGACCAGGCCACAACGGAGCUCCAGAACGCCAUGGGAACCGGCCCGAUCGGCUUGAACAAGAAUGCCGUUCACGCUUGCCAGGUCCUGUCGCAGCGCUCGGACGGCGAGCUCCGCGCCAUCGCAGACGCGUACCAGCGCCGCUACCACCAGACGCUCACCAAGGCCAUUGAUUCCAAGUUCUCGGGCCAUAUGAAGGAUGCGCUGCAUCUUACCCUUACACGUGCUCUCAACAGGCCGAUGGCGGAGGCCGAGCUGCUCGAGGAUGCCAUGGCGGGCGCUGGUACUCAUGACAGGCACCUCAUCGAUCGCGUCGUGAGGGUCCACUGGGAUCGCGGCUUCAAGGAAGCCGUGAAGCAGGCCUACCGGGCGAGGUAUGGAAAGGAUCUCAGGAAGAGGAUCGAAGGCGAGACAAGGGGUGACUACGAAAGGAUGCUCGUCGCCAUGAUCGAGUAA